ACCCGCCUCCGCAGGCGGCCAGUGAGAGCAGAGAAGUAAGGGGCGAGAGAGCGAAAGGGAGAGGAAGAGAGGGAAACGAGAGCGUGAGGGAUGAGGCUACUGACGCACAACAUGCUAUCUUGCAACAUCAAGGGUGUUGUGAACGGCUUCCCUCUGCAGCUGGAGGUGGAGAGGUGUACCGUGAAGGAGGUGGCCUUCAACCCGGACUUCCUCCGCAACAUCUUCCCCAAGAUCGAGUGGAAGGCUCUCCACGACGCCGCCUCUCAGAUGGGUGUCACCGAACUCCCUGAACGCGCCGACCCCUCCAUGCUUGACAGCGACGACUUCCUCCGCAAGUUCCACCACGCCCUCCUCGAGCUCCACCUCGAAGAGGGCGCCCUCCUCUGCCCCGAGACCGGCCGCCGCUUCCCCGUCACCAAGGGCAUCCCCAACAUGCUCCUCCACGAAGACGAAGUCUAGACAGCACCAAACUACUGAUACUACCAUUCCUACUACUACUACCACUCUAUUUCUCCCUCCCUCUUUCUCUAUCUUGUUUCCUUUUCAUUUCUUCUUGAGACGACGAGGAUGAUGAUGGUUUUUUUUUUGUUUUUCCUUUAUGGAAUUAUUACUGAUUGUAGGACAGAACCCAAUUUCCUUUGUAUUGGGAGAUUUGAAACUUAUAAAGGAUUUUGUUGGUGUGA